ACGGGCGGAGCAGCAGACACACAGGGCGGAGGGGCAGUCUGCACGAUGGCGUAUCCCGGGCACCCUGGCGCCGGCGGAGGGUACUACCCAGGCGGGUAUGGAGGGGCUCCUGGGGGGCCCACGUUCCCUGGACAAACUCAGGAUCCACUAUAUGGCUACUUUGCAGCGGUGGCUGGACAGGAUGGACAAAUUGAUGCUGACGAGUUGCAGCGAUGUCUGACACAGUCUGGCAUUGCAGGAGGAUACAAACCUUUUAACCUGGAGACCUGUCGCCUUAUGGUUUCAAUGUUGGAUAGAGAUAUGUCCGGCACGAUGGGGUUCAAUGAAUUCAAAGAGCUCUGGGCCGUGCUGAAUGGCUGGAGACAACACUUCAUCAGUUUCGAUAGCGAUAGGAGUGGAACCGUGGAUCCGCAGGAGCUGCAGAAGGCCCUGACCACGAUGGGAUUCAGGUUGAGCCCCCAAACUGUGAAUUCAGUUGCAAAGCGAUAUAGCACCAGCGGGAAGAUCACCUUUGAUGACUAUAUUGCCUGCUGUGUCAAACUGAGGGCCCUCACAGAUAGCUUUCGCAGACGAGAUUCUGGUCAACAAGGAGUUGUGAAUUUCUCGUAUGAUGAUUUCAUCCAGUGUGUCAUGACCGUCUAACUCAGGAGGAAGCUGUCUGAAUAUAUUCAACAUUCCAACUGGAGCUCGCCCUUGAUUCCUCCCUGCCUUCAGUGCUGUGUGCAGACACCACCAACAGACACCCCCUGACCACUGCUGAAUGGGAUUAUGACUUUAUGCAGAACCACAGCUUCGUUUUUAAUUUUGAUAAUAAAUUCUUUUAAAGUUUAAUAAUAUAAAAACAAUUCUGUUGUACAAGUCAGAACCUCCUGAGCCAUUAUCAAUCAUGCCUUAUUUUCUUGCUAACCCUCUUUUAUAUAAACAAGUAUGGAAAAUGUUUAACACGUAUUAUAUAUUUUCUUGUGACAUAUGAAAUCUUUUCAUCAGACUUAGCUCUUAUCUUUCCCUGAGGAAUGUGGUUAAAAGUUUGUGUGGGAUAUUCUUAAGUGACAUAGUUCCACAGGGUUCAGAACAAACCAGCGAACCUGGCAAUCCACAUACUAGAAAGCAUAAGCUUUAGGACUUACUGCUUGGAAGCCUUAUGAGCAGAUGGAGAUAUUGGUUACUGUCUGCCUCCUAAAAACCUAUAGAUCAUUUGAGUGGCACAUACUGUCAUCAAGUUCUUCUUUGUCAUCCACUCAAAACUUCUGUUACUUAAAGGUCUUGAAUACUGUAGGUUGAAAACUGUCAGAAAAAGACUAAAGAGAAAUAAGAAUAUACUGUUUUAUUUUUGACUAAUGAGAUUCCAUAUGACUUUAAUUUCCUUUAUAUAUUUCUGUAUCUCCAAAAUAUUUACUAAUGUGUAUGCUUUCAUUUUAAAACCAGAUGUUAGGGGAGGAGAGGCAGCUCGGCAGUUAAGAGCAUGUACUGCUCUUGUGGAGGACUAACGUUCCCAGCACCCAUGUUGGGUGGCUUAUUACUGCCUCAGGCCACCCAUGGGCACCUGCAUUCACCUGCAGAUACCCCAUAUAUGCACGCACAUAAUUAAAAAGUAAUAAAAAAUAAGUAAAGCCAAGCAGAUUCCAUUUUAAAAAUUUGUUGGCAUUUAAUUUUGAAUGUCGUUUGUUCAUGAUCUUAAACAUAAACAAGGAAGGGACUGAGAUGAAUAUCUCAGUUAAUGAUCUGGCUUUAGCUACUGGGAGUAGGGUCUUCCUUCCCACUAAAUUUCCAAGUAUUCUCUAAUAGCUUAUUACACACACACACACACACACACACACACACAUAUACACACACACGGACACACACACAAAUAGGAAAAUUUUUUCCCAAAUGUUUAAACCAUUGGCUUGUUGGCAGUGCCUUACUAUGUAUUCGACUUGGUCAUUUUAUGUACUGACAAGACACUCAGUGUCUUUAUCUUUGAAAAAAAGAGGCUACUUACCCUUGAAGUAAUUCUGAGUAUGCAAAAGUGUGCUGAUAUAAAAAGUAUCCCCAGUGUUUGGUUCUCAUAGUUUGGCAGCUAACAAUGGUUAACAGUCUUCUCUUGCUAGCUAUGUAUCUGUCUUGUUUCUGGCCCAAUGUGAACAUGACCAUUCAAGUGAAGGAUUAACUUAUCAACUGGUGAAAUAAACAUUUCAUAAGCAUCUUCAGCCUCAUUUCACAAAUAUAUGUUCAGAUAGUGUUUAUAUAUAUAAAAUAUAUGCAUAUAUUAUAUA